AUGGACAUGAGAGCGCGCCUGAGAGUUCAAAAGAAAAAACCCAUUAAACACAGGGGAAGGAAAGUUUUACUUAAAAAGGUUUUGGAUUAUCUGAAGUCUGAUACUUUCAUGUAUGCCCCUCUCCUCUCUCCUCUACCCUCUCUUGCUUUCAACUCCUUCCCUCCUUCCCCUGCUAAAGUGGCGGAAUUUCAAAAACCUGUAAAAGAGAAGCAGUGGUUUUGGAAACAAGUUAGGGAGUAUCUCAAAUCUGAUGAUUAUAUGUAUAAUCCGCUGCUUCAUCUUCCCCGUUCAUCUAAAGAACCUUCGCAGGAUUGUGGAAUGAAAAGGAUGGAUGAUUCAACUAGAAGGUUGACAAUGAAAGUUAAUCAACGAAAUGAGCAUCUAGGAAAUGCAAAUCAAUGUUCCGAAAGUCCUCUUCCUCAAACAGACCUUUCUGAUCAGCAUAAACGCACAGAAACUGUGAAGCAUACUGUGUACCAAAUUUGUCGCUCAACUAGAUCUGCUCCAAGGAUUCCUACCCUCAACUCGCAUCUGAGAGCUCAUAGUUGA